AGUGGGGGAGUUCUUGGGGACCCCAUGGAGGCCUGGGGGUGGGGUGGGGGUAGAGGGCAGGGAUGGAGACUGGCUCCCGGGAUUGGGAGGGGGAUGGGCAGCGCUGGAGAAUGACGCCCAGAAGUCGGGGCAGCGCAGCCCCAGAGUCUCUGGAAAGCCCAGCAAUCUAGAAAAGCGAGCUUUAGAUUCUCCCCCAAGAGUUCUCAGGAAGUUUGGGGGAGGGGCGAGCCGCCCUCUCCUGCUCCACGGCGCGGGAGGGUGCAGAGGGACGAUUGCAGCGGCGGGUCUCGGAGCUGUCACGUUCCGCCCAAGGGCGGGCUCGGGUGCUCCUGGCGGGGUCCGCCGGGCGCAGGCGAGGGGCCGCGGGCAGAGCGCGCCGGCCGGCAUGGAGGGACUGGUGCUGCUCAACGCCCUGGCCACCCGCCUGCUGUUCGUGCUUCACUCGCUGGUUGGGGUCUGGCGAGUGACCGAGGUGAAGAAGGAACCGUGGUACUGGCUGCUCGCGCUGCUCAACCUCUUGCUCCUUCUGGAGACUGCGCUUACCCUCAAGUUCAAGCGCGGCAGAGGCUACAAAUGGUUUUCACCAGCCAUAUUUUUAUAUCUGAUUAGCAUCGUUCCAUCAUUAUGGCUUCUUGAAAUGCACCAUGAGACCCAGUAUUGCAGUAGCCAAUCUGAAGGAAUGUCACAGAAUACCAGCAGCAAAGAAGACUUCAAUCAAACUCUGAUGUCACAUGAACAAACCAACAGAGCAGAUGAUAUCAUUAAGACGGCCAGAGUUUUUGUAAAUAACUUAUCCACAGUAUGUGAGAAAGUUUGGACUUUGGGCCUCCAUCAGACGUUUUUGUUAAUGUUAAUAAUUGGAAGAUGGCUUCUACCCAUCGGAGGCGGGAUCACUCGGGACCAGCUCUCUCAGCUUCUCCUUCUGUUUGUGGGAACAGCUGCUGAUAUACUAGAGUUCACCAGUGAUACCCUAGAAGAACAAAAUGUGAGGAAUAGCCCUUCACUGGUCUAUGCCAUCCUUAUUAUUUGGACCUGGAGCAUGCUGCAGUUUCCACUUGACCUGGCAGUCAAGUACGUCAUGUGCCCCUUGUCUGUGACAUCGAGGGGGUUCCCCAGCCUGUUCUUUUGCCAAUACAGUGCCGAUCUCUGGAACAUUGGAAUCAGCAUCUUCAUACAAGAUGGUCCCUUCCUUGUCGUGCGUCUCAUACUGAUGACCUAUUUCAAAGUGAUAAACCAGAUGCUGGUGUUCUUCGCUGCGAAAAAUUUCCUUGUGGUGGUGUUACAGCUCUACCGCUUGGUGGUGCUGGCGUUGGCUGUCCGUACUUCCUUCCGAAAUCAGCGAGGAGGCCUGAAAGAACAGCACAGCUGCCCAGGUGGCCCAGCUGCGAGUGGGGCAUCUCCUGGGGACUGGGAUGGUGGUUCUAAGGAGGGCUUGGCUAUUCCUUUGCAGGCCUUGCCAGACACCUCAGACGACUCUCACCUCACACCAUAGUUAUUUAUUGACAGCAGCAUGCAACUAGAACAUUCGACUUUCUGGUUCUUCUUACAGACAGAAUCUCCCUCUCUCUCUCUCUUUUUUUUUUUCACCUUGGCAUAUAAUAAUUUUCAAAAGAACAACAUAAAAAGUGAUCUUAAACCAAAGCUUAGGAAUUUUCUUUUUCAACUGAAAGGAAAGAACUUUGAUUAGCGGCUCAGGCUACAACUUCUGUGUGAUGGUAUCAGAUGUUACAGUUGUUCAACGACUAAGUGAUUUGUUUGUCUUGAACUGUUUGAAAAGCUAUGGACAGGGUUACAGUGACAUGCCCUCAAAAGAUUUAGUGCAGACAAACUGUCGCGGCUGUUACCUGAAAAUAGAGAAGCUUUGAACUUCGGCUCUAUUGUCAGACUAUCUCAUCUGAUCUUUUCUGCAAUGUCCCUCUGACAU